AUGUCUAUCACCCACAUUGUUAUGUUCCAAUUCAAAGCUGGGCUCCAGGCUCAAGCUAUCAAUGACGCAUGUGAUCGAAUGAUUGCCUUGAAAGACAAUUGUCUCCAUCCAGCAUCCCAAAAGCCGUAUAUCAAGGCCUCCUCGGGCGGAGUUGAUAAUUCUCCAGAAGGAGCACAGAAUGGUAUUACCCAUGCAUUUGUUGUUGAAUUUGCAAGCUCGGCAGACCGAGAUUAUUACGUCCAGCAUGACCCGGUACACCAGGCUUUUGUAAAAAGCCUGGACGGACUUAUUGAGAAGGCACAAGUAAUCGACUACACACCUGGAAUUUUUUAA